AUGCUUCGCGCAAAGAGUGACUACGGUCCAGGAAAACAACGGCAGUCCCUUGCCUCAUCAUUCGAGCAUAGGGACGGAGACGAAGCUUCCAAGUUCAAGAUGCGCCACGGCUGGGAAGACCAACUCAUGUCACCAGAGCAAGCAAAUCUGUUAUCGCAGACAUUUUAUAUGUAUUACACCGACAAGCGCCAUGAGACUGCUGGCAAUCCCAAAGAAGCAAAGGACGGUUAUCAUGUCCAGGAAUGGCGUAUGAAGGACCGUCUCAAGACCAUAUCCGCUCUUCUGACCGUCUGUCUGAACAUUGGUGUCGACCCGCCUGAUGUUAUCAAGACGAAUCCUUGUGCACGUAUGGAGUGUUGGGUCGAUCCCAUGGGUACCGAGGGCCCCCAAGGCUCUGGUGGUGCUAAUCCGCAAAUCGGGAAGAACCUACAAACACAGUAUGAGACGCUCAGUAUGCGCACUCGCUACAAGCUUGUUAUGGAUCCCAGUAUCGAAGAGAUGAAGAAAUACUGCACUACCUUGCGUCGUAAUGCAAAAGACGAAAGAAUCCUCUUCCACUACAACGGUCAUGGUGUGCCAAAGCCCACCGCGGCUGGAGAGAUCUGGGUAUUCAACCGCUCCUUCACGCAGUAUAUCCCUAUCUCUUUGUACGAUCUGCAGAGCUGGCUCGGCGCACCUGGCCUAUUCGUGUACGACUGUUCUGCUGCUGGUCUGAUUAUCAAAAACUUCCACCCUUGUAUUAAGAAGCACGAGACCGACCAAGUAGAGGCUAGACGGCGGGACCCGACGUCGCCUCUGAUGAAUUGGAGCGAUUGCAUACAUCUGGCGGCUUGUCGCGAAGACGAGUCUCUACCCACCAAUCCCGAUCUUCCCGCCGAUCUGUUCACAUCUUGUUUGACUACUCCGAUCGAGAUGGCUGUUCGUUUCUUCAUCCUGCAAAAUCCCUUACCCGGGGGUCCCACUCUUUCCGAGGGCCGCAACAUUCCUGGCAAGAUUUCUGAACGUAGGACGCCUCUUGGUGAGCUAAACUGGAUCUUCACUGCCAUCACUGACACGAUUGCCUGGAAUUGCCUCCCUAAGCCACUUUUCAAGAAAUUGUUCCGACAAGACUUGAUGGUUGCUGCCUUGUUCCGUAAUUUCCUCUUGGCUCAAAGGAUCAUGAGAAAGUACCAUUGUCAUCCUCAAUGUUACCCCGAGAUACCGGAGACUCACAAUCAUCCUCUAUGGCAGAGUUGGGACUACGCUGUCGAGAUGAUCCUCGCUCAGUUGCCUAGCUUGAUUCAGCAAGCAAAAGAAGUCAAGGAGCUGGAAUAUCAACACUCCGAGUUUUUCGCGCAUCAACUCAGCGCUUUCGAAGUAUAUCUCAGCCAAGGCGCACUUGAGCAAAAGGUCCCGGAGCAACUUCCGAUCGUUCUACAAGUACUUCUGAGUCAAGUUCACCGUCUGCGCGCCCUGAUUCUCCUGGGUAAGUUCCUUGACUUAGGUCCGUGGGCUGUCAACCUUGCACUCAGCAUCGGUAUCUUCCCCUAUGUUUUGAAACUCCUUCAGUCUCAGGCAAUUGAGCUCAAACCCGUCAUGGUGUUUAUCUGGACUCGCAUCUUGGCCAUUGAUCAGUCGUGUCAGUCGGACCUGCUCAAAGACAAUGGUUACGCCUACUUCAUCAACAUUAUAAGCCCGCAGACUGGCAUUCCGGUUGGCAACAUGGCAGAGCACCGGGCCAUGUGCGCAUUCAUCAUUGCCAUGUUCUGUAAAGACUUUCGUCCAGGGCAGAACGUGUGUCUGAGCACCAAUCCAGAGCUCAUUGAGAGUCUUUUGAGUCACUUGGUGGACAUGGAAAACCCUCUCCUCAGGCAACAUUCGUGCUUGUGCAUCAGUAUGCUCUGGUACGACUUCCCUGAAGCUAAAUGGCAAGGUAUACGCUCUCAAGCGCACAUGCGCCUGUGUGAUCUUGCCCUCGAUCCCGUGCCAGAGGUUAGAACGGCAAUGCUGCAUGCUCUGACGAGUUUCUUGGGCAUCCCCGAUGUGACCGAUCAAGUUGCCUACAUCGAGGAAACCAUCGCCUCGAUCAUUCUCGCUAUGGCGAACGACAGUAGUGUUAUGGUUCGUAAAGAGCUACUUGUGUUCCAUUCCACCUUUAUUGCAAGGUACAAAAACAAAUUCAUUGUAGCAGCGUAUGAGCAGUUCACGGAAGAGCAUGCGGCUCACCUAGCUCAAGAUGCCAGCAUUCAUCGCCCAACAACACCUUCGGAGGUGAACGGAUCGUAUGAUAGCAAGCGAGAUUUGUCAUUCGACUCCCACUUCUCAAGGGGCACUGUUGACUCUGCGGCAUCUAAAAACACUGUGUUCUCCGCCAUGUGGAAGCAGAUUCUGAUCAUAUCAGCUGACCCCCACCCCGAGAUCGCGAGGAACGCAGGUAUCAUCUUGGACAAUGUCCUUGGUGCCCUGUUCGACUCUCCGCUUGCUGUCUAUGUCCAUCAGAUGCUGGACGAUAUGGCAGCACGGCCUAUCCCCUAUGCUCAGGCACCGGCCACUUUACCUGAUGGGCCAAUAAGAUCACAGCAUCCAGACGUUCCUCGAGCUCCACCAUCUCCCACACCAUCAAUGAGCUCAAAACACGACGGAUACUUCUCCGUUUCUGCGGGCCUGAGACGGACAGCCAGUAUGGCCGCUUCCAUCAAGAACCUCGCUUCCUUUGGUGUUGGUAAGGCGUCCCAAGACCCUUCGCAGAGUCAGUCUUUACGAGGACCAGGAGCCGGUAGACGAUCCCAAGUACCAUCGGAUUGGAACAGACCACCGGACGCGGCUGAUCCUCAACCAACCCGCGUUCGUGGUCAUCAGAUUGCCAAGUCACCAUCAGUGCCCAAUUUCGAACCUAGGAAUUUCUCCCAACCUCCAACAAUCCCUUUGACUUCUAGCUUCUUCCAAUGGUCGGCUUCAUACUUCAGGGAGCCUCAGAUGCGGCCAUCCGAAGCCGACGAGCCAGGAUCUCUGGACUAUAAUGAAAGACUAUGGCGACGCAACAGAAAUGAUAAGAUAAUUGCUUCGACACAGCCGCUCAAGGAGGUUGCAGGCACUGGUCGCUGGGAUGUUCCUGCUGGAGUGCUUGCAACGAACAGUCCUCCGAUGCGGAUGGUGUUCCAUCAAUUCGAGGACCACCUUGUUAUCAGCGAUGACCAGGAUGGUAUCAGCGUAUGGGAUUGGCAUCGAGAGAGAAGACUGGCACGAUUCAGUGCAGGCAAUCCUCACGGCAGCAAAAUUAGUGAUCUUCGCUUCAUCAACGAGGACGAUCAAGCACUGCUCAUGACAGGUAGCUCGGAUGGAGUCAUCAAAGUGUUCCGAAACUACGAGAACGAGAAAGAGGUCGAGUUGGUCGCUGCGUUCCGCGCGCUCACAGAUCUCGUACCGAGCACGCACAAUGCAGGACUGGUCUUCGAUUGGCAGCAAGGCCAAGGACGUGUCUUGGUUGCAGGUGAUCUUCGCGUCAUCCGUGUCUGGCAAGCUGGAACGGAACUGUGUACUGCAGAUAUUCCAGCAAGAUCGGGGUCCUGCGUAACUAGCUUGACUUCAGAUCAAGUAGAGGGUAACGUCUUUGUGGCAGGCUUCGGCGAUGGAGCAAUUCGCGUCUAUGACCAGCGUAACCGACCAGCCGAGAGUAUGGUACGGGUAUGGAAAGAACAUAAGGGAUGGGUUGUGGGCUGCCAUUUGCAGCGUGGUGGCAUGCGAGAACUCAUUUCAGCAGAACGUGGCGGUGCCGUCAGGCUCUGGGACAUUCGUAUGGAUCGCAGUGUGGGUGUGGUUAAAGGCAAGGGCGAGGGCGGUAUUGGCACGUGUCGAACAUUAAGCGUCCAUGAGCAUGCGCCCGUGUUUGCGACAGGAUCGUCCCACAACGCAGUCCGUGUCUUCUCGACCAACAAUGUGACGGCUACAGCAGCAAAUUCGACGCCACUGUCAACCAUCGAGCCCUUCAGCAACUUUUUGCAUACCAAUGUGCUCUCGUCUCACAGGCCGACACCGAUUGCCUCGACGGCAUUUCAUCCACACCGGAUGAUGUUGGCGUGCUCUACAGUCAACGAUGGACAUGUCAGUCUGUUCAAGUGUGCGUCGAGAGACGGCUCGAUACUGAGCGGACAGAAUGGCAUCGUCAAGGAGUGGGAGGCGUGA